AUGAGUUUAACUCCAGAAGCCUUGCAAUUGCUUCCGAAGAAAGCAUUAGAAGAUGCUGAAAAGUCUCGUCUCAAACAAGAAACAUUAAACUCUGUUUAUAGUAGCCAACGCGCAAUUCUUGAAGAGUUGACAAAUGCUCUCCCUGAUUUUGAAGCUAUGGCUACUGAAUCAGAAGCAAAGGAUAAAGAAAUCAAAGAAUUAGAUGCUCAAAUUCUUGAAAUGCAAAAAUUACUUCUCAAAGAAAUGAAUGAACAGCCAAAAGAGGAAUUGAACUGCAGUGACGUACUUAUUAGCACAAUUCUUGGAAUUCAGGAUAAGCUUUUCGGCUUAUGUGAAAAAGCUGCUGAAGAAGGUCGUUCUUCUGCAAAAAUUACAGAAGUUAUUACACUUGAAAACGAAAUCACUCAUAUUAUUUCUGACCUCGUAAGCAGUGGCAAAUUCCCACUUACACCAGAGUUAUCUCAAGAAAGAAGCGAUGCAGUUACACUUCAUAAAGAUAAAGUAAUACCAUACUUAAAGCAGCUUAGCAGUGAGGCUUCUGUUAUUUAA